CCGGGUCCUGCCUUCCCUGGAAGCGCCUUGGAGCCGGAGUAACCCCGGGAGGCCGGCUGAGCGUCGCCCUGCACUUUGCGAUCCGAGAAGGCGGGCCUCGCACAAGAAAGGCCGGGGGGUGUGUGUGUGUGUGUGGGGAAGCGGCGCCGGGGCAGCAGCCGGGCGAUGGUGCACGAAGCUGGGCAGCCGCCAAGCCGCCCUCGGAGCGGGGCCGGGAGGCCCGCCACCACCUGCCAUAGCUGCGCUUGCCGCCGCGGAGAAGUAGCCUCGGGCAGCGCCCCGCGUUUGAUCAAGGCUCCUUGAACUGAAGUUUGGAGAAUCACAUGUAUAUCUCAUGCUUACAGUGAAAUCAUGGCCACUAAUGAUAAAGUAGCCAUCUUAACUGACGAUGAAGAAGAGCAGAAGAGAAAAUAUGUGCUUGCCGAUCCCUUCAGUGGGAUUCCCAAGGAGCAAGACCCCCAAACCCAAAGUGAUACUCCUUCAACUGAAACCACCACUAUUCCAGACGAAGAGCUUGAUUGGCUUGAAAGACACUGUGUGAAAGUGAAUAAUGAUCUCUUGAUCUCAAAAGUCUUUUAUUUUUUCUUUUAUGCUGCUUAUGGUUCCUUGUACCCAUUGCUUCCCAUAUACUACAAACAGCUAGGCAUGACUCCCAGCCAGAGCGGACUCCUAGUAGGGAUUAGAUACUUCAUUGAAUUUUGCAGUGCUCCAUUUUGGGGAGUGGUAGCAGAUCGCUUUAAAAAGGGGAAAGUUGUCCUUCUCUUCUCCCUAUUAUGCUGGGUGAUGUUUAACUUGGGAAUUGGAUUUGUUAAACCAGCAACCUUGAGGUGUACGCUAAAGAAGCCUAUCCCCGUUCCCCCUACCAAUGCCAGUCACUUUACCACAGCAUCCUCGCAAAAUAUCUCCAUUUCUUCUGUCAUUCCCACUCUGGGAAGUACGAUAACUAAGGGUCGAGGGAAGAGAGAUUUGCUGACUUACCACUUGCCAACUCUGAGCUCAGCUUUGUCCACAAAUCCUAAAACUACCUUUUCUCCAACUGUUCAAAAUGGAGCUAGGAAGCGUGCUUUAAAAGGAGAAGAGGGCGCAACUGUUGUCAGCACUCCAAAAGGUAUUGUGACUGCGGGUCUGUUGGGAAAUACCAGCCACACAACGGCAUCACCCACAGUCACCACAAAAUCAGCCCCCCCUGCCCAUUUUGCUCUUGUAUAUGAUCAUGAGGAGGUGGAAGCGAUCUUCUUGCUCAUCCUCCUUGUUGUGAUUGUGGGAGAAUUUUUCAGUGCCUCCUCAGUCACUAUAGUAGACACCGUGACUCUGCAGUAUCUUGGCAAACAUCGGGACCGUUAUGGACUACAACGAAUGUGGGGAUCCCUGGGCUGGGGACUGGCCAUGCUGUCGGUGGGCAUUGGGAUUGACUCUACCCGUAUUGAUGUGCUCAUUGAAGGCCAAGGCUGUAAGUCUCCAGACUACAAGAACUACAGGAUUGUUUUCAUAGUCUUUGGAGUCUUGAUGACGCUCUCUUUGAUUGUGGCCACCCAGUUCAGGUUCCGGUACAACCACUACAAGCAAGAGGAAACCCAAAGCACAGAGCCAGAGGAGUCCCACUUGGACAGAAACUCCUCCACAGAUUCCUCCCAUGACACUCAGAGUGAUACAAGCCAGUCCCAGACUUUUAAUUUUUGGGACUUGAUUAAGCUACUCUGUAGUAUCCAGUAUGGGUCAGUGCUUUUUGUGGCAUGGUUUAUGGGUUUUGGAUAUGGCUUUGUGUUCACCUUCCUUUAUUGGCACCUGGAAGAUCUGAAUGGGACCACCACGCUCUUUGGAGUUUGCUCUGUUUUAAGUCACAUCUCUGAAUUGACGGCAUAUUUCUUCAGCCACAAGCUGAUUGAGCUGAUCGGUCAUAUCAGAGUCCUGUAUAUCGGUCUUGCCUGCAAUACAGCUCGUUAUAUUUACAUCUCCUAUCUAGAAAAUGCUUGGACUGUUCUGCCUAUGGAAGUCCUUCAAGGUGUAACCCAUGCAGCCAUCUGGGCAGCUUGCAUUUCCUAUCUAAGCGCUGCGGUGCCUCCGGAACUGAGGACGUCAGCUCAAGGGAUCUUGCAGGGUCUUCACCUUGGCCUGGGCAGAGGAUGUGGAGCAAUGAUUGGUGGAGUGUUGGUCAACUAUUUUGGUAAGAGGAACCUGGGCAUUUAUAUAUAACUUUUCAGCUGUUUGAAGAGAGCCUUUUCCUCCACCUUUGUGGGAAUUGAAGAACUGUGGCAGCAGUCAAAAGUGCUACCAGACUCCUCCUAAUUUGGCUUUCCUCAACCAGAUGUCGUGUAGUUGUCUUGGGGUCUAUGACAAUUCGCCAUAGCCAUCUCUCCACAGGAUAACUCACUGCUGGACGAGACUUACACUAAUAUGAAAGAAGUUGUGGAAUAGUAAAGAAAAGAUGCAAAAGGAGGGACAGAAUGAAAUGUGAAUGGCAAAAAUUAAAAUAUUUUUUUAUUGUAAAUAAUUUAACAGGAUUGUUAAAUUGAUCCAUGGCGAGUUGGCCAUGGUAGGUUGGCCAUGGUAAGUUGGCUGCAACAAGUUGGCUAUGGCAAGUUGUCCUACUCCAGUCGUCUUGCACUGUAAUUUUCACUGUUGCAGGCAACCAUAGUCAAUUUGAAUACUUUCCUUUGUUUGGCUGUCAUAUAUGCAUGUGGUACGUACAUGCAUGCACAUAUGCACACACUCUCUCUUACACACAAAAUGCACAGAAAGGAAAAAGUCACACCUAGGAGAAUGCAGCCUAUAUCAAUCAGCAAAUACCGGUAUCAAUAACUCAACUAUCUGCCAUGGUUCAAGAGGCACAUCUACAAGUCCUUCAAAUUUCAUUUCAAAGGGACUUUGCUCACCAUCUUCAAGGAAAUAUUCCACCUGGCACUCUACUUUCUUCUUAUUCUCAGCUCAUAACCAAAGCCAACUGAUUGUGAAAUUUUCAGUUCAGUGCAGAAGUAGAGACUUUCUUUUUCUCUCAGCACAAACCUGUUGUUUGCAUGAUAGAU